UCGAGCGAGCAGAGCCGGAGCGCAGUAACUGGCUGCAGGUCGCUUGGAGAGGGACACACGCAGUGGCUCUGGACAACUGUACACUGCCUAUCUUUAAUCAUUGCUCGCUUGCUGCUUUUUUGCGCUCGAACCACGCGCUUUACGCACGGUUUUGGAAGCAACUUGGGAUUUACAACACUUCAACAAGAUUUGAAAAGAAGACCCCCACUCCGAACGCAGUACCUCAUACGCCAGUGAUGCUAAGCUGCUGCAUGUCAGAAUCCAAGCUCGGCAGUUAGUGGAGAGGUCUUUACCAUGACAGCGCCCCCUCUGGUCGGCCCGGGACGCUGCAGCAGGUGUGCGGGCGCCAUGACGACCCCGCUGCUCCUUUUCCUCCUGCUCGUCUCCGUCAGGACAGGACUAACCCAGACCUCAGAGGAGAGUCCAAGUCCAAGCCCUAGUCCAAGUCCCAGUCCAUUUGAUCCGCUUAGCCAUCCGGAGUGCACCAAGAAAGAGCACCCCAAGGUCUCCAUACAAGCGCUGAGUCCUUGGAUUUCCUCUUUCUCUCGCCCCAACGUGAGAGACUACUCCCAGCUGACCCUCGACCUCACGCGCAAUGAACUGAUCGUGGGCGCCAGAAACUACCUGUUCAGACUGGACCUGAGUAACAUGUCGCUCAUACAGGCAACGGAGUGGGCACCAGAUGAGGAGACACGCAGGUCCUGUCAGAGCAAAGGCAAAACCGAGAUGGAGUGUCAGAAUUACAUCCGAGUUUUGUUGGUGAAUAAGACGGAGGUGAUGACCUGUGGGACCAACGCAUUCCAGCCGCUCUGCACCACACGAGAGGUGGGUAACAUGAGCCGCGUGGUGGAGCGUGUGAACGGCGUCGCUCGCUGUCCGUAUGAUCCUCGCCACAACUCCACGGCCGUAGUGACUGAGUCUGGGGAGCUGUACGCUGCGACCGUCAUCGACUUCUCUGGGAGGGACCCUGUGAUCUACCGCAGUCUGGGACAUCUGCCCCCCCUGAGAACGGCUCAGUACAACUCCAAAUGGCUCAACGAGCCUCACUUCAUCUCGGCGUACGACAUCGGCCUGUUCACGUUCUUCUUCCUUCGUGAAAACGCGGUGGAGCACGACUGUGGGAAGACGGUGUACUCUCGUGUGGCGCGCGUCUGCAAGAACGACAUCGGGGGGCGCUUUCUCCUGGAGGACACCUGGACCACCUUCAUGAAGGCCAGACUCAACUGCUCCAGAUCAGGAGAGAUACCCUUCUACUAUAACGAACUACAGAGCACCUUCUAUCUCCCCGAGCAGGACCUGAUCUACGGCAUCUUCACCACCAAUGUCAACAGUAUAGCGGCAUCUGCGGUGUGUGCGUUCAACCUCAGUGCCAUCACACAAGCCUUCAACGGCCCCUUCAGGUCCCAGGAAAACCCGCGCUCAACAUGGCUGCCCACCCCCAACCCCAUUCACAACUUCCAGUGUGGGACUAUUUCAGAGCGGGGUCCCAACGAGGGUCUGACCGAGCGCAGCCUGCAGGACGCUCAGAGGCUGUACCUGAUGAACGACGUGGUCCAGCCGGAGACCACUGACCCUCUGGUGAUGCAGGACGACGUCAGGUUCUCCAGCCUCGUGGUGGACAUCGUGCAGGGCAUGGACACGCUCUACCACGUCAUCUACAUCAGCACCGAGUACGGCUCCAUUCUCAAAGCCCUGGCCACGCCCAACAAGAGUCUUCAGGGCUGUUACCUGGAAGAGAUGGAGCUCCUCCCGUCUGGACUCCGUCAGCCAAUCCUGAGCCUCCAGAUUCUCCAUAGCGACCGCUCCCUGUUUGUGGGACUGAGCGACCGCGUGCUCAAGAUCCCCCUGGAGAGGUGCUCGACCUACAAGACCGAAACGUUGUGUCUGGAGGCGCGGGACCCGUACUGUGGCUGGGACUUCAGACAGAGACGCUGCACCACUUUAGAGGACAGCUCCAACAUGAGCCAGUGGAAACAGAACAUCUCCGUCUGCCCUCUGAGAAACCAGACGACCAAUGGCGGCUUCGGAGCGUGGGCGCCGUGGCAACCCUGCAACAAUGAUGACGGUCUGGAGGGCGUGACUUCCUGUUUGUGCCGGUCGAGGUCAUGUGACAGCCCCGCCCCUCGCUGUGGGGGGCGGAGCUGUGAAGGAGCCACCAUCGAAGUGUCCAACUGCUCCAGAAACGGGGGCUGGACUCCCUGGUCGUCAUGGGGACAGUGCAGUACGACCUGUGGCACUGGGUUUGAGCUGAGACAGAGGUCGUGUAAUAACCCCUCCCCCCGACACGGAGGGCGGGUGUGUGUGGGGCCCAGCCGAGACGAGAGGUUCUGUAAUGAGGGCGUGGCCUGUCCUCAGCCCAUCUUCUGGUCUCCGUGGGGCUCCUGGACCAAGUGCAGCUCUGAGUGUGGAGGAGGAGUCCACUCCAGAGUCAGGAGCUGUGAGAACGGGAACACCUGCCCCGGAUGUGCACUGGAGUAUAAGGCGUGUAACCUGGAGUCGUGUCCGGAGGUGAAGAGGAACACGCCUUGGACCCCGUGGAUGCCCGUGAACGUGACCCAGGGCGGGGCCAGGCAGGAGCAGAGGGUCCGAUACAUGUGCCGAGCCCACCUCAGUGACCCCCACGAGCUGCAGAUCGGGAGGAGGAAGGUGGAGACCAGGUUCUGCCCCAACGACGGGACCGCUGCGUGUGAGACGGACACCCUGGUGGAGGAGCUGCUCAAAGCCCCAGUGGUUCGGGUGGCGGGGAACAGCUGGUCGUCGUGGGACAGCUGGUCGUCAUGUACGCAGAGCUGUAACCGUGGAUACCGCACCCGACGACGGAGCUGCAGUGGUCCGGAGGGAAAGAGCGCCCCCAUAGGCUGCAGAGGUUCACCUGUGGAGUACCAGGACUGCAACGUACAGGCCUGUCCAGUGAAGGGCUCGUGGUCGUGCUGGUCCUCGUGGUCUCCGUGCUCUGUGGGCUGUGGAGGAGGACAUUAUCAGAGGACACGCUCCUGUAACAGCCCGUCCCCUUCUAAUGGAGGAGACAUCUGCAUAGGCCUGCACACAGAGGAGGCCCUGUGCAACACCCACACAUGUGACGGCGGUUGGAUGGCGUGGUCUCUGUGGUCUGCGUGUGAUGACUCAGGUCUUCAGAUGAGGAGCAGAGUUUGUGGCUCUCAGAACGGGACUCCCUGCGUCGGCAACAGCACCCAGAGGAGAGACUGCAACGAGAUACCAGUCAUCCUCCCAGCUUCAGGCUUUGAUAAGGACCAGCAGUGCGGAGCGUUCACGUCGAUCCACCUGAUAGCCACGGGCGUGUCCUGCUUCCUGGGGGCGGGGCUUCUGUCCUUCCUGGUUUACGUUUACUGUCAGAGAUUCCACAAACCGUCUCAGGAGUCUGCGGUGAUCCACCCCACCACCCCCAACCACCUCAACUACAAAGGAAACACUACGCCCAAGAACGAGAAGUACACGCCCAUGGAGUUUAAGACGCUGAACAAGAACAACCUGUUACCGGACGAACGCUCCAACUUCUACCCCACCCCCCUGCAGCAAACCAACGUCUACACCACCACGUACUACCCCACCGCGCUCGGGAAAUUCGACUACCAACCCAACUCCUCCCCCUCCCCCUGCCGGACCUACAACCACAGCAACAACAGCAAUAGCAACAACAGCUGAGACCCGCCCCUCAAUACACAGGCUACUCCAACCCCGUCUACGGCCCACAGUCGAACAUUUUUACGCUUGGGACCUUUAGAAACUUCUACUUGUGGAUUUGGAUUACUUCGGGAGGACUUGAAGCUACGAUAUUGGCUGCGUUUUGCUAUAAAGUGGACCUAGCCGGACCAAGCAAUGCUAAAAUGCUAAAAGUACUGGCUUUAUAUGGAAAAAUCGAGCUAGCCUUUUGGAUUCACGACAUUCUCAGCAGCUAAAGAACUAGAAAUGAACUACGCUUUUGCUAUGCCCAUGCUACAAACUACCGAUUCAAUAUAAGACUUAAUAAUAUCGGAAUAUACAGAAGCAACAUCGUCAAGAAGGAAGACAAAAAAUGGACAAAAACUGCAAAAAUAAAAACUCAACCAAGAGAUCUCCAAAGUUUUGAAAAUGGGACAAAGUCGUACUGUUUAUAAUGCCUCGGGUGCCUGAACGCAGUAGGCAGGAUUGGCCAGCAGGAGGGGCCAGCGAGUUUUCUAUUCAUUUAUGUUUUUUCAAAGAACAAUAAAGACUCAAUUCAUGAAUUAAUUGAUUGUACAAUUAGUUCAAUGUGUAAUCUACUGGUGGUCAUAUACGACAGGUAUGACCAAUGAGAGCGCUGUAAGACUGGACUAUGUGUUUCUAUGGCGAUAGAAUAAGCUAGUAGACUGGCACUUAUUGUUUUUGUAAUUUUUUAAGAGGUUUUGUUAUUAUGCUAAGACGUAGCAUAG